CUGCCUCGGCGGAAGGGAGAAAAGUUGGGCUGUGCAAACGUUUCUUGCAUGUGAUGAAUUUUGAAUCGUGCGCUGAUUUCGUACAUGGGCGUUCGCGUGCCGAUCGAUUGCGAUGGAGGCGUGACUCAUUGAUGACACAGUUGUUCGCCUUAACUUUGUCACUGUCGCUCGGGCGGCUCGGGGCGGAAUAAUGCAAACAGCGUCUCUUCGCUCGUCCGUCGGUCGCGCGGGCUGUUUGCCGGCGUCACAAAGGAGUUAUCUAGCCUCUCGUGACGAGGCUAAGAUGUGACUGCAGUAACCCAGAGGGAUGACUGACACUCCUCCCAUCCUCCCCCGGAGACCCAAGCCCCCGUUCCCGUUGGAGGCGACUGGACGCGCGUCUCCUCCGAUCUCGCUGGACACCAAAGUCCCCCGCUUUUCUCUGGCCUUCAAGGCACCCAAGCAGCCUCCACCCUGUGACGCUGGCGAACCCACUCCGUCGGCCCAACAGUCCACAAGCGUCCCUGUGCCACAAGACGCCCCACAGCCAGCACCAGCUCAGAACUUCACCAAUCCCAUCUAUUUACUGAUGGACGACAGAUUGAACGCCACGUCCAGCGACCCCUCGCCCUCUCCUCCACCGAGGACGGAGCAGCGGAAGCCGAAUUUCAGCGACACGGACUCCAUCAUGUUUCUCAAGCGGAACCGCCCCAAGCUGCAGCGGCAGAAGUCGGAGGAGAUACCAGACUCGCCUCAGCUACCUCCCGCCCGCUUCCCCCACAUCUACGAAGACGUGCCCGAGCACAUGCUGGAAAAGAACCGACAGCUGGCGUCCCAGCGUGACGCCUUCAGCAGUAUCUCGUUCGAAUCUCCGCUUUCGAGCCACAUCUCAAAGGAGGGCAGCACCGAGUCCUCCCACAGCUCGGCCUCCCUCUACGACACUCCGCGGGAACCGUCUGAGCCCAAGCGGGACGUGAGCACCUUCUGGCAGCAGCAGCAGCUCUCUAUCUCCGGAGUGUUCUAUGAGUUCCCGGUCGUACACUCUCCGCCGACCAAGAGCCCACCUCAGGCUUACGACACUCCGCCCAGCAUCACCAGGCUAGCUUCGUUCCCGGACAGCGAAGGCGACACUCGUCAGAUGCCGUCAUCCUACGAGGUUCCGCCAACUCCAGUACCUGUUUCCUCAGCAAACUCAGCUCCGUGCAUCUCAAAAGGAGACAAGAAAGACACCGACGACUUCCGAGAACAAGCCCAGUCUCCAAAGCAAGACGUGUUUGCGGUCUUCACCCCGAACUGCCUCUACGAAGUUCCCAAGUCGUUCCCCAGGAGGUAUGUCUCGCCUCCCGCCAGUCCCUUCUCUUUUCCGGACCCGUCGGAAAUCUACGACGUCCCGCCUCAUCGUGCAAAGCUUUCCCCGCCGCCCCAAGACAUCGACUUGGCUCAGAACCACUUCGAGUUUGACGACGACGACCCGGAAGAGGUGCCUCUCCUCUCGCCCCCUCCCUCCUACCCUCCUCCUCCUCUCCCCGAGGUCACACCUCCCGCAAUUCCACCGAGGACAUACCUCCAGAACUCCCCUCCUCUUACGCCACAGCCGGACAAGUCCGUGAAGCCCAUCCCGGCAGUCCGGACUUCCCUCUCCAAGCGGCUUCCCCAAGAGCGGUCCAAAUCCAACGCGACUCCGUCGCCCUUAGCCGAGAGAAAGGAGUCCUUCGCGUCACCGAGUCCGUCGGCGUCCGUCUUUUACCGGACGUUCCCGGCGGAGCACGCCGCCUUCUCAGGGUCCCUGACUUCGUCGGCAGAGCAGAGUCCGACCUUCUCGCAGCGCAGCGUGUCCUCCAAGAGCCAGAGCCCCGUGCCGGACUCUCCGCGCCUAGACUGUUUCUUUGACGGCCGGUCCUUCUCGGAGGGGAGGGAGCGGAACCUGUCGCAGGAAGGCAGCAGGUCGCUGGCAAGCGACAGCUCGUCGAGCAAGUCUGAAGCAGACUGCCAGAUCCGGGAGAAGUCGGACUAUGCUGGAUACGUCUACAAGGCGGCGGGGAGCCGCAAGGCUUUCCAGAAGUGCUGGUGUACGUUGAGCGACGGCUGCUGGAGUUACUACUCGUCUGAGAAGGACACAACACCGUUAGGCACGGUAUCUGGCCACGACAUUGCUGCUGUUUCCAUGGUUCCCGGAGACGAGCCAAGCGCCGCCACCUCGCUGGUGCCCAACCUGUGGUGCUUCGAGGUGCACGCCCUCCAGUCUCAGUGCCGCCAGCUGCUGCUCGGCGUCCCGCUGCUCUCCGAGCGCCGGGAGUGGCUCGAGCGCCUGACGCGCCUCGUCUGCGCCGCUCCCGACGCCGGGCCGACGUCGGGGGGCCCUGGCCCGAGCCACGCGGGGCGCCUGCACCUCAAGGAGGGCACCACCGGCUUCUGGCAGGUGGCCACCGUCGUGCUGCGGGGACGCUUCCUUGCGGUCGGGGUGGCCGGGUCGUCCGAGGUCGUCGACCUGCGCAGGGUCAUGUCAGUUGGCAAGGUGCUGCCGGACCAGACGUACCUGACGUACGGGGGCGCCCAGGAGCGGGGCCUGUCCUUCCAGGUGCGGCUGCCCGGCCGGGUGCUGUACCUGCAGGCGGACCAGCCGAGGCACACGGACGCCUGGCUGGCCUCCGUGAGCAGGGCCUGGCGCACCCCGCCGGACCCGGCCCUCUCGGACCAGUACCUCACCCAGGACGGGCUACCUGUGGCCGUAGAGCGCUGCAUCAACUUCGUCAGCACCCACGGGACACUCCUGACUGGCAUCUACCGACUGGCUGGCUCUAGCUCCAAGAUCAAGAAGCUCGUGGAUCACAUGCUGAACGACCCGUGGACACUUCACCUGACCACCGAGGAGUAUUCGCCUCAUGAUGUCUCUAACGCUCUCAAGCGCUACCUGCGGGGUUUCAAGGACUGCCUCCUGACGGCGGAGCUGUAUCCCCAGUGGAUCCAGUCAAGCAAGUGCCAGCACCCGUCCGAGAGGCAGAAGAUGGUGAAGAACCUGCUGAACGAGCUCCCCAGCGUCAACUACCAGCUGCUGAAGAGGCUCAUCGGCCACCUGAAGAGCAUCAGCGACCACAGCGACCGCAACUUCAUGCCCGUGCUGAACCUGGCCCCCGUGUUCGGGCCCUCGGUGCUGUACAAGCAACAGCCGCAGCCGCCGGAGGGCGAGAGCCAGGCUAGCUUCGAGGAGAGCAAUGCCUCCAUGGACGUGGUGGCCGACCUUCUCUCUGGCUACUCUCAACUCUUUGAGGUUGACCCAGCCGAGAUGGAGAAGGAGAAGAAAAUCCAGGCAGCACUGGACCUGCUCAGGGAAGCCAAGAUUGCUCAGAGGCCGGCCGGAGACAUUCUGGUUGGUGUGUACGUCUACAGCAAGGACUGGGGACACUGCAUCAACGUCAAGCUCUCUCCCGGCAUGACGGCGGGGGCGCUGUGCAAGCUCACCAUGUCGCAGCUGGACAUCAAGGAGCCGUCCAACAAGAUGGCCGUCUUCGAAGUGGUCCACGACCAGGACCUCGAGCGACCGCUGCACCACAGCGAACCGGUUCUGUCAGUGGUCGUGCGCUGGGCGGCUUGGGACAGCGCAUUUGCAAAGUCUAACUUUCUCUGCGUCAAGAACAACUUCCUCUACGACGAAGUGGCGCCCCUUGUCACGAAUCACCAGCCACUUUCGGUGUUCAGCGAACUCCGGUUCGCCGAGGCACGCCAGAAGAGCUUCAAGAAGUCUGUGUUCGAGUUUACGGGGGGCAAGAUUACUCACUACAAAGAUACAAAGGCUAGUCAGUUGGUGAACCAGUGGAACAUUGAGGACGUGGUCUGGUACAUCGGGUGCGAGUCCCGUCGCAGUCCCCCUUCCAAGUGGAACUUCACCUUUGUGCUCCGCCAGGGGGAGAUCAAACGGACGAAGGAGCGUCCCUUCUUUGGCCACUGCGUCAGCCUGAGCGUCCAGGAGGAGUUUGAGAAGUGGCUGGCCGCCAUGCUGAACGCCGAGUUCCCGCACGGCAUCUUCCCUCCCCAGCCGGAACCCCUGCCCGACCUCCUCGGCUGAACGAGUCCUCGGCCCCCGAUUUCCUACCCAUCUCCCGCGUCCUCGCGAGACAAUCCCAGAGACUGCCACGAAGGGGCCAUUACUCGUUCAUGGUUUAUCUAAGUUCAAGCACAGCAAACGCAAAGUUCCGACGGACCCGAGCAAGCAGCACCAAAAGUGUGUCGUUGCGCCACACGCAGUGAAUGCCUCAUGACCCUGCGCCUUUUUUCUGCGCACGACUGGUUUGGUCGACGACAGCAAACGAACAAUGAUAAUGAGCGUUGUGACGGUGCACUUUUCGCGCCGUUUGUCUGGCUCGUCGUGGCUGGAGUUGGUGGCGACGUGGGUUUGCUCCUAUUUAUUUUUGCUUGCGGCCGUCGAAUCUCUUAAUUUUUAUCAUACGCGAAGCGAAUACUUGUUUGUCGGUUCGCUCUUCUUUUAGCAAGCACAACUUUUAAAGUUUGUAUUUGUAGAGUUUAUAGAAACAGGUUAAGAACGAGAGCCCAUAGGGACUGAAGAGCCCCGAGGAACAAGUGCAGACACCCUUGUUGUCCUUUUUAUUUUGUUUGCUAUUGUUUUUAAAGUGUAUUUUUGUUACAGUAGUAGGUUGUUGUUUUCUUUUUUUUUUUUUUUCUUCAUUGUGCACAUUUGUGCGAAAGCUUUUUGAACAAAAUCCUCGAGGUGUGCGUUGGUGGUGGCUGAGCCAUAACGUCUGUGCAUUGUGCUUGAAAUUUGUUCUGUCCCGAACCUCAUUGUUACUUCUCGGUAUUAUCGUCGUUACGUGUAGGUAUUUUACGCCCGCUUCGCUGGACCAUGAUCAUGCGGAAUCUCACGAGA